GUUCACCUGUUACUGCACAGAAACAUGUCAGAAAAGCCUGUGUGUGUCAGCGACUAUGAGCAAGAGGCAAAAAAAAUACUCCCCAAAGCAGUGCUUGACUUUUACUUUUCUGGAGCCGAUGAACAAGAGACAUUAGCAGACAAUGUAGCUGCGUUUUCCAGGUGGAGGCUGUACCCCCGUGUGUUGCGGGAUGUUUCCCAGGUGGACAUGUCCAUCUCUGUUCUGGGACAGCAGCUCAGCAUGCCUGUUUGUGUGGCAGCCACCGGGAUGCAGAAGAUGGCCCAUCCUGAUGGAGAGAUAGCCACGAUGAGAGCUUGCAGUUCUGCAGGGACGGGGAUGAUGCUGAGUUCCUUCUCCACAUCCUCCAUAGAGGAAGUGGCAGAGGCAGGCCCGUCCGGAGUGCGCUGGAUGCAGCUCUAUAUUUGCAAGGACCGGAACCUGACCCUAUCUCUGGUCCGACGGGCCGAGCGCGCUGGCUACACGGGUAUUUUUGUCACUGUGGAUACACCCUACCUGGGCCGGCGCCGAAACGAUAUGCGCAACCAAUUCAGGCUCCCCAGCCACGUGAGGCUGCCUAAUUUGCAUUCCCCAGACCUUGUAUUCUCCGGUAAGGAGGGGUUCAGUGAGGACAAUAGCCUGGCUGAAUACGUGGAUCAGACCAUAGACCCCUCACUCCAGUCGGAGGAUAUUGUUUGGCUGAAAAAGAUGACAUCACUUCCUGUGGUGCUGAAAGGAGUGCUGACAGCUGAAGAUGCAAAGCUGGCCCUUCAAUGUGGUGUCGAUGGGAUUCUGGUGUCUAAUCAUGGAGGACGGCAGCUAGACUCUGUCCCAGCUACUAUCGACGCACUGCCAGAGAUAGUGGAGGCAGUAGAAGGCAGAGUGGAGGUGUUCCUGGAUGGUGGUGUACGCAGGGGAACUGACGUGCUGAAAGCCCUGGCCCUCGGUGCAAGGGCUGUGUUUGUGGGACGACCGAUCCUGUGGGGGCUUGCCUGUGGGGGUGACACAGGUGUCAGUAAAAUCCUCCAGAUGCUGAGAGAGGAGCUUCGCUUGGCACUGGCUCUUGCAGGUUGUUGCUCACUAAAGGAAGUGAAUAAGUCAAUUGUGAGGAAAUCUGAGCUUUAUUCACGGAUCUGAGGUCUGAGGUGAAACAGGCUGAAGAAGGUCACCCUUGGAUGAGGAAUGGUACCUCUCAUUCAAAGAAAGUGUUCUACAUUAACCAGAAAACACUGCCUUCAUCUAUAAUGUCCCAUUAAGUAUUA